GGCCUCGAGGGAAGAGGUAAUCUCCCUCGGCUAUAUAAAGGGAGUCAGGCAGAACCUCAACAGCACACUUCCAGAUCUUCAUCCACACGCUCCCACAUCAUCAUUUCUUCACUCAUCCUCAGCAGCCAUGCAUUUACUUCUCACUCUGCUGGGAGCUAUGCUCUCCUCCCUGAUGGUUUCUUCUGAAGUCCAACCUCAGGCAGACUUUGACAUACAGGCGACCGCAGGUAAGUGGUACCUGAUUGGAAUUGCCACUGAUGCCCAGUGGUUUGUCAGUCACAGAGCCAGCAUGAAGAUGGGCACGGCCAUGAUUACCCCAACUGCUGACGGGGAUGUGGAGGUGUCAUAUUCCAGUCUUAGCCCUGAUGGCUCAUGUUGGAGAAUCAACAAUCUGGCCAAAAAAACUGAGAUACCCAGAAAGUUCACAUACACAAAUCGGCGCUUGGGGUAUCUCGGUGACUUGCGCAUGGUCGACGUGAAGUAUGACGAGUAUGCCCUGCUUCAUUCCAUCAAAACACAGGAGAAAGAAAGCUAUGUUGUUAUCAAACUAUAUGGGCGUGGUGUGGACCUCAGCGCUGAGGUGCAGGAGAAGUUCAUUCAGUUCUCCCUGCAAAGCAGCAUCCAGCCUGAAAAUAUUGUCAUCCUUCCCAAAAACGAUGAGUGCCCAGCUGCCUAACCUUGUGUCCAGGUGAUCAUCUCACCGAGGAGCUUUGACUGUUCUGAAAAUCUCAAGUCGAUGACCUGAGACAGUUUGCUUUUUACUUUACUAUCUCUGCUCUUUCAUUAUUAAGAAUGCUCAUAAUAUCACCAAAUUAUAUUCAUCACUUUGCAUUUAUCCACCUGCUGUUAUAACCACACAAAUAAAAAGGCUAAAAUCUU